AUGGUAGGUUUUAGCUUAUGUCUUUGUUUUCUACGCUUUUAAGCUUUUAAGACGAGAAUAUGUAUUUCUCAAUUUCAUUCUUUUUUAGCAAAAAUGUGUUUUCUAUGUUUAAAUAUAUGGUAUGUGACAUGAUAUAUGGUAUUUUAGAGCACUACACUUCAACCAUACUUGGAUACGGUUAGGAGAACAUUGGACGCGGCAUUAUGUCUAGAACAUUUUAGUUCUCAAGUUGUUGAACGACAUAACAAGCCUGAAGUAAGUUUUUUUGUUCUUUAUAUUGUUUUAGUUUUUAGGUGUAGUAAAUAAGGACAUUAGAAGUAAAGAAACUUUGAAGUAUAAAGUUUUCUUGGUGUUGUAGACGUAAAGAUUAACAAUUUGGUACUUUUACAAUAAAAGAUAAAAGAGUCAAAUCUGGAAGAAACAACGAUUAUUCUAUCUAAAUUCUUUAUUGUAAAUUAAGAUUGUGAGUUUAGGUAGAAGUCCGAACAUCCAAGGAACUUCUACUUCAACCUGUUGUAAUUGCCAGAAACAAGAAUGAACGGGUCUUAAUCGAAGGUUCUAUCAAUUCAGUGAGACUGUCGAUAUCCGUGAAACAAGCUGAUGAUAUUGAGAAGAUUUUGUGUCACAAAUUCACUAGUUUUAUGGCCCAAAGAGCUGACGACUUCUUUGUUUUGAGGAGAAAACCGGUUGCCGGCUAUGACAUCAGCUUCUUGAUUAAUUCGGCACAUAUGGAGAGCAUGUACAAACACAAACUGGUUGAUUUUCUUAUUCACUUCAUGCAGGAGAUUGAUAAGGUGAGUAGUUUAUAAAGGGUUUUAGACAGAGAUUGCAAAAGAUAUUUUAGUUAUAGGUACUUUUUUCGAAGCUUUUUUAUUACUAAAUUUAUUUUAUUGGUAAUAUUAUUUAAAAAAGAGACUUUCAAUGCUAAUAUCACCAUCUUUUAGGAAAUUAAUGACAUGAAAUUAGCAUUAAACGCUCGCGCCCGAACAUCAGCCGAAGAAUUUCUGAAGCACUUCAAUUAA